AUUCUGGCCAUCAUCUCGAUCCUCUUCAUCAUCCUCUCCACCAUCGCUCUCUCUCUCAACACUUUACCGGAUUUGCAGGUGACGGAUGAGUUUGGUCAGGCGAGCGAUAACCCUCAGCUGGCUCACGUGGAGGCGGUGUGCAUCGCCUGGUUCACCAUGGAGUAUCUCCUCCGUUUCCUCUCCUCUCCUAACAAGUGGAAGUUCUUCAAAGGCCCGCUGAACGUCAUCGACCUGCUGGCCAUCUUGCCGUACUACGUCACCCUCUUCCUGACCGAGUCCAACAAGAGCGUGCUGCAGUUUCAGAACGUGCGCCGCGUGGUGCAGAUUUUCAGGAUCAUGAGAAUAUUGAGGAUCCUGAAGCUGGCCAGGCACUCCACGGGCCUCCAGUCUCUGGGCUUCACCUUGAAAAGGAGCUACAACGAGCUGGGUCUGCUCAUCUUGUUUCUCGCCAUGGGCAUCAUGAUAUUCUCCAGCUUGGUGUUCUUCGCUGAGAAGGACGAAGACGCCACUAAGUUCACCAGCAUCCCCGCGUCGUUCUGGUGGGCGACCAUCACGAUGACCACGGUGGGAUACGGGGACAUUUACCCACAGACGUUACUCGGUAAAAUAGUCGGGGGUCUUUGCUGCAUUGCAGGAGUUCUGGUGAUCGCUCUGCCCAUCCCCAUCAUUGUGAACAACUUCUCUGAGUUCUACAAGGAGCAGAAGAGGCAGGAGAAGGCCAUAAAGCGGAGGGAGGCGCUGGAGAGAGCCAAGAGGAACGGCAGCAUCGUGUCAAUGAACCUAAAAGAUGCCUUUGCGCGCAGUAUAGAGCUGAUGGACGUGGUGGUGGAGAAAGGAGAGGACAAAAUCUCCCUGGAGAACCACAUGUCCCCCGAACGCUGGGGCAGCACCACCAGGCACGCCUCCUCCGAGUCAGACCUGAAAUCUCCAGCGAACCAAAACCCAGGGAUGCAGAAUUCGCCUCAACACAUCACCGUCAACACCACAGGGAGUCCGCAGAGGAUCAACCGCACCCCGCAGCACCUGAAUGUGCAGAAACUGGAGGAGAUGUACAACCAGAUGAGCAAAUCCCAGUCUCUGAGCAACCUCAACACCAACAGCUCCAUGAGCACUUUGAGCACGACGGCGCCCGUGUCCCCGAGGAGACCCCAAAGCCCCGACGCUACUUUGAAAGAGGAAGUAGAGCUGGAGAUGACGGAGGUGCAGUCCUGCUCGUCCGACAGAAAAGACUCUAAUUACAAAAAGGAAGAUACUGGGCCGUGUCGACUCAGGCACCCGAGGGCACCUCCGUAUCUGGACCUCAGCAAAGUGAGGUCCAUGGAUGAGGGCGUCAAACUCAAAGAUGGCCUCUACGAAUCUGCAGGUGACGGAUCAGAGCUUCUAAAGGAGGAGAGCUUCAAAAACAGCGCUUUGGAGUCUGCUUCCAGGGGGAAUGACCCUCUCAAAAGAAAAGGUUUGAACGCCAACUUCCCCAACUCGCCCGCUGAAGGUCCGUUGACUCCGCCCAGCACUACGUCUCCUGGAGACAUUAGCUCCAGCAUUUUGGAGGACGAGACCCCGGACGGAGAGACGUCUCCUCUCAUCCCCAGCACCGAAGAACUGCUUCCCAUUUCAGAGGAGGAAACAUGUCCUCUGACGCCCAAAAGGCUGGUGGUAGACACUCCACCGGGUGAUGAACAUCAAUCCACGGAAAACCACGAGGAAAAGCAUCUGAUGGAGGUUGCAGGCGCUUCAGUUUCAACUUUGUCGCCCAAUUCAGCACAAACUUGCGCCCAAGGAGAGGAAGUGAAGGCUGAAAGCAACCAGAAUGGACACAAAGUAGAGAACCACAUGUUUACAUCCGAUAUCCACCUGAUACCGGGGGAUGGCAGCCUGUCUCCGAGCUGCGAAACCAGCAUGUGACUGUAGAGAAAGCUUCCCAUUGGACAAUAAGACCCACUGCAACCUCAGCCCGGCAGACAGGAGAAAAGACACGGGUGCAGUCGUAGUGAAAGAUAUUUUUGCAUGGCAUGACAAGUCCCUUUUACUUGUGUCGUUGUGUAUUGCUGAAAAAGAAAACUGCAGUGCUGCGUGCAGAAUUUGGAAGACUUUUUGGGGCUUGAAGAGGAGGCUCUGGAGGGAAUUCAUCAACUUAAAUGUAGACACUUUUCUCCUCCCGGUGUACAUAAUGACAGUCUCCUUUUUCUAGCAAAAGAAGGAAAUGCACAGAGGGACUUAUCUGUAAAAAGCAUGCAUUUAAAAAAAAGACAUAUAUUUUACGGUGCUUAGUUUGCUGAAAGCGCUCCACUGUAAAUACUGGGACAUCUAAAGGCAAUGACAAUGCACAGGAUGGAAGAAAUG